AUGAGGUUCAUCCUUCCACUCUCGUUGUCCCUCAUGGGCUUCGGCCUAUCUGUUGUACAUACUUUCAUGGACUCUCAUGUCGAAGUCCUUACACCUACUCGCCUCAAGCAACCCUCUAUUAUAUCAUCAUUAUCUCUUCUCCCAACAGUCCAAAAUAUCGCCUUUCUAGCCACCCUCCCGGCACUGGGUAUCUAUACACUAGCUCUGAUCAGUAUCGGCAUCAUGCCAAGCAACGUACAAGCACUCUCCUUUGGACCAGGCGGUCUGGAUCAUACGCCACAUUUGCCGCCAAGCCCACUUGCGUCAGCCCAUAAGCAACGAGCACAUCCUAGAGAUAUUUCUGUUGUAGCCACCAGCAUCAUGCACGAAAAUUCCUACCAUGUAGCUGAAGCUUUGAUCAAGAAAUUUGGAGACUUGCUCAGACGCGUUAAUAGCGAGCAUGUCGAAUUCGAGAGCUCAGGAAGUCUUCUAAAGUUUGCCGCUUUGGGUAGGGACAGUGCAGAUAAAGGUGAAUCAACAAAUAUCGACCCACAUGAAUCAUGCACAGGCUCGAGUGAUCAACAUCAUGUUACAAAAUCAGAUCUAAAAAUUCAACGCAACAGCAAUACGCUUCAGUCUGGAGAUGUGAAGUCCGGAUCACUCAUUUCGAGAAGCCGCUGGCAAGAUUUUAUACAUCUCUGCUGGGGUCUAGGGGCGCAUUAUGACCCACAUAAAAAUAGGUGUGAUGGUGACUGA